UUGUAGAGAUUGGGUUUCACUACUUUGCCUAGGCUGGUCUCAAACUCCUGGGCUCAAUCGAUCUGCCUGCCUCAGCCUCUGAAAGUUCUGGGAUUACAGGCGUGAGCCACUGUGCCCGGACUGUUUCCUCCCCCUCCCCUGAGGCAGGGUCUUGAUCUGUCACUCAGGCUGGAGUGCAGUGGUGCAAUCAUGGCUCACUGGAGACUCAAUGUCCUGAGCUCAAGCAGUCUUCCUGCCUCAGCCUCCUGAGUAGCUGGGACAACAGGCACCACCACGCCCAGUUAAUACCUUGUUUUCUUUAGUGCACAGAGAAGCCCCUAAAUUCUACCCCAGGUCCCCAGGCAGUCGUGCACUAGAGGAGAGAUCUCCAUCUCCAUGGCCCUAACUCCUCAGAAGGCUGGUGCCUGCCAGAGCCCAGGGUUAGGCUGCAGCCACCGGUGAAGCCUGGUUCCCACACGGGGUUUCACUACGUUGACCAGGUUGGAACUCCUGACCUCAGGUGAUCCAGCCACCUCAGCCUCCCAAAGUGCUGGGAUUACAGGCAUGAGCCACCGCGCCCAGCUCAGGUUUUCUUCAGGUAGUAGCUUAACCGUUUUUCACCUUGGAUUAAGGGUGGGUUGGUGGGAGUGCAGGUGGUUAGGUUGGAGAAACCAUGGCUGGGGUUGGUUCCCAGCAGAGGCAGCCACCUCAGUGAGUCAGAUGUCAGUGUGACGAAGUGGCUGGUGGGCUCAAGGACCACCAACACCUAGGGCUGGAGUCUGGCCAGGAAGAAUUGGGCAGAGAUGGGAGCUAGAGGACUUUUGACAGGGAAAUGGGCAGAGUAGGGAGGGGCUGGUACAGCAGGGUGAUGCCUGAGGGGACGCAGUGUCACCUGCCCAUCUAGUCACCCUAGAUGCUGGCCCCAAAGUAACCAUGGGGCAAGGCACACCAACAGGCUAUGUAAGUUGCCAUAAUGUCUCAAAAGAACAAUAAAACAGGACAUAUCUUAUGCAUGCUUCAACCCUGUGACGACUGUGUCAGCCUCUAACUACCCUAUCUUCAGCUCAGGAACCAGCUGUGGGGUUAAGCAAACCUCGUGGAGAUAGAGGAACAGACUGAGAUCUGGGAUAUGUGGGGACCGGUCUCCACCAAGUAGGAGCCAAGGGUGGAGAUGGCGGUAGAAGGGGCCAGCAGAAUGGAUAAAAGCUGCCACCUCCACAUUGUGACUCUCGCUAGCUCACCUCAUUGUGACCUGGCUCCCUUAUCAGCUUGUAGUUAUCUCCGGGGAUUGGCAUGAGUGCAGUGUGGGUUGGGGCCGGGGGUGGGGGCAGAGGGGGGUGGCCCAGGUGGCCCUAGGACCCCCCCUCCAUGGAAAACCAGCUAUGGCAUAACACCGUGAGAUGUUGCAAUCAAUACCAAGAAAGCCCCCACGAUGCCGAGGACAUCUUACUCCUGCUGCUGGGCCUCAUCGUUCUUGUCAACAUUGGCAUCAACGUGGCAACUAUGAUGUGGCAUGGACUCCAGAACGCCUUAGACAAGAUGAUUGAUUGGGCUACUCAGAAAAAUGAAAUUCAGGCCAGUGAAAGUCCCCCAAGUGGUCCCCCAGACAAGGCUCAGGAUGUCCACAUCCACUGCAUCCUGGACCCUGUGCAGGUGAAGAUGUCCCGACCCACGCAGUACUCCUCUUUCUCCUGCCACCAUUUCUCCAACCAUCACAGUAGCAGUCUUCUUCGCUGUGUUCGUCGCCACCGCCGCCACCGCCGUUGUCGCCGUCGCUGCUGCAACCACCAGCAGCGGCCGCAGAACUACAGACAAAUCCCCCAUAGCCGCUCAGUCUUCCGUAACCCACAUCGCAGCCAAAAGAUGUCACAACUACACCGAGUGCCUUUCUUUGAUCAGGAGGACCUGGAUUCCUACCUGGAGGAGGAGGACAACCUGCCCUUCCCGUAUCCCAAGUACCCACGUCGCGGCUGGGGUGGGUUUUAUCAGAGAGCGGGCCUGCCCUCCAAUGUGGGGCUGUGGGGCCACCAGGGUGGUAUCCUGGCCAGUCUGCCACCACCCUCUCUCUACCUGUCACCUGAGCUGCGCUGCAUGCCCAAGCGUGUAGAGGCCAAGUCCGAGCUGAGGCUGCAGUCCUGUGGGCGCCACGGUUCCCAGUCCCGACUGUGGGGCAAUGUGGAGGCUGAGCAGUGGGCCUCGUCUCCACCACCUCCCCACCGGCUGCCCCCUAACCCCUCUUGGGUCCCCGUGGGGCACAGCCCUUACCCCUCAGUGGGCUGGAUGCUGUAUGACUCCUGGGAUCAGCGGCGUCGUGGCAUGGAGGGCUUUGAGCGCCCCCCUGCCUUGGUGUCCCGGAACGCCCGGCCUGAGGUCCAGGGCUGCCGGGAGCACCACUCCCUACAGUCCCACCGGCAGAGCCUGCUUGGUCACGCCUAUGGCCAGUCCCACCGCAGUCCCCACCCAUCCACGGAACCCUUGGGCUACAGCUCCCGGGACCCCCAUGAGGUGCGGCGUCGGGCAGCUGACUGGGCUGAGGCUCUGCCCGCCUGGCGUCCUCUGACUACCUCUGCCUCCCUCACGGUGUUGGACGAGGCCUCCCACCAACGGACCCCAGCUCCAAGCUCAGUGCUGGUCCCCCAUUCCUCCCAGCCCUGGCCCAAAGUCCAGGCUGCGGAUCCCGCCCCUCCCCCGACCAUGUUCGUCCCACUCAGCCGGAAUCCAGGGGGCAAUGCCAACUACCAGGUGUAUGACAGCCUGGAGCUGAAGCGGCAGGUGCAGAAGAGCAGAGCCAGGUCCAGCUCACUGCCACCGGCUUCCACCUCCACCUUGAGGCCCUCUCUGCACAGGAGCCAGACCGAGAAACUCAACUGACCAGCAGGCGGAUGUGGGGUGUGGGGCAGGGCAUGGAGGGAGAGGAAUAAAGAGAAACAGAGUCCAGGAAA